GUAAAUGAGCAUUUACAUCGAAUAAGCUGACAGGGCAGUUAUAUUUCCUAUUUAACAAAGCAUGAAUCCAUGCAUUCUUUGUUUGUUCUUUUUUUUUUUGGGAAACCCAGAUUUUAUUGAAAAAGAUUGUUAUGUUUGUAUGUAAGUCCAAACUAAAUCAAAGUCAAACGAAUAUGUAAGAUGCAGUAAUAUAAAGAGAAGGAAAAUUCGGUUGGUGUUUGGAAGACCUGACGAAGAUGUCUUCAUUAAAGCAUUUGCAGUCUUUGAAGUUUUCGAAAUAUUUUCCUAAUAAUCUAGAAUACGAUGCAAGUAAAGUGUACAAUGCAGAAGUGUUCCCAUCACCGUUUAGACCAAAAACAAAAAAGAAAUCCAAGAAAGUCAAGGUUCAUCGUGAUACACCAAAGGGACGACUGCCAUUAUUGUCUAUAAAGAAAUUGGCAAAUAUAGACAUUAUUCCUGAACAACCUAAAAUACCGGAACCAUUGCCACCUCCACCGGAACCUUCUCCUCCGCCGCCACAAGCGUCUGACAAAGAUGCAAAACAAAAAUGGGAAGACAUAGAAAAAUGUGGAAAACCACGAAUUGUAAUAUCAGUGAUAGGCGCUUACAAUGAACGAAUUCCAUCAUACAAAUGGAAACACCAGAUGUUGUUAAGAAAAUCACUUAACCACGUUGCAAGAUAUGCAGGAAAAUGUGGCUUAAUCUUUAAUGAAGAGGAUAUGAAUUUUGUGCAGAACAUCGUCAGGAACAAACGAGAUGUCCAAGGUUUAAAAUCUAUAGUAUAUGGAUUCGCAUCAAACACAUCAACGACUAAUACAAGUAAUGAUGACAAAAAUGCAACAGUUAAAGAGCCAAGAACAGUUUUAUUGGAACGGCUCAAACUAGAAAACUACAUCAAUUUAGAGGGACGAGCAGGUUUUGAAAAGGAAGAUGACGUUGGUUCAGGAAAAAAUGAAAUAAGAAUUCCAGUUGUUUUGUUGGUAUUGAAUGGUGAACUAGAUACACUUGAGCACGUGAUAAGAGCUAUUGACAAUAAUAUAUCAGUUGUCGUCGUGAAAGGCACCGGCGGAACAGCUGAUCUUGUCGCCCUUUGCAUGAAAGACAUGAAUAAGUUGAAAAGAAAAUUACCUAUUAUGUUUUCAAGACGCUUCAGUGAUGAUAUGUAUGAAAAGAUGAAACAAGUUCUUGAUCGAAUUCUACAGAAAGAGUGGAUGAUAACAGUAUUCAAUAUUAAGAAAAAUAAACAUGAUGAAUUAUGGGGAAAAAUUACAGAUGGAAUAUUACGGUCAUGGUCAUUUGAAAAGAAAGAAGAUGACGUUUCUUUGACCACUGAUCCUAUACUACCCUCCCAGAUAAAUUUUAUUUCUAAGUAUGUUUCUAAUAUCGAUGGUUUAUCAAGGAAAGAAUUAUUUGCCGGCUAUCACCUACAACCGACCAGUGAAAAAAAUAAAAAUUAUCAUCAGCAUACAUUUGUGAAUGCUUUUCUCGGAAAAAGGACAGAUAUCAUUCAACAGGUACUAAGCGUUGAUGCGAAAUUUACCUUAGCCGAAGAUCAGUUCCAAAUAUUAUGUCAUGAGGUUGUGAAGUCAAUAACCAGCAAAACAGACAAUGGCAUGAAUGGUUUUAUAUUAGUUGAGAGUGUGUAUCCAGAAGCAUUCACAUAUUUGAAAGAAGGCAAGGGAUCAGGGUUUAAAAACGCUAGAGAUGCUGUUAUUAAGAUAUCGAAUAAACUACUUCAAGGAAUCUGUUUUUCUAAACUUGGAAUGGUAACAUGCUGUAAAACUGAUGCGACUAAACCUAGGGAAAUUAAACCAAAUGCAGAAAUACCUGUAAUUGAAUCUCUAAGGGUUGCUGUAAUAAGUAAUCAUGUUAAACUAGCAGCAGAACUAUGGAGUCAAUGUGAAAACCCUCUGCUGACCGCUCUAGUUGCACAUACAUACCUCAUUGCUAUGGCAGACAAAGCCGAAAGUUUAUAUGAGGAAGAACUUCAAAAAAAUCUAUUAUCCCAUUCAAGAAAGUUCUUGUCACGUGCCAUUAAACUUUUGGACAAACUAUUUCAAAAAGACGAAGAAAUGGCAACCAAAGCUCUUGAUUACACCUCUGAGGUAUGGGGUCUUGAAGAAAAACCGUUACAUUUUGGACACCAAUUCAACUUGGAAGAAUUUAUUUCGCAUCCCUCUGCACAGAAAGAUGCUAGCAAACGGCUAUUUCCCUACGAAUCUACCCAACAAAGAAGCGACAUCGACACAAAAAAGAAUGAAAAUCUCAGUCGAGAAUGUACAGCAUUUAUCAAGCACCACUUGCACUGGAAGUCCACAUGGAAAUUUGUCACAGCACCGAUCAUCAAGCUAGUCGCAAAUGUUGUGUUUUUUGUAACAACUUUAGUUUUGUUCAGCUAUUUUCUCACCCGUGAUCUAAACACAAAGAUUUCGGUGUUAGAAGUCGUGCUAUUCUUUUACAUGGUAGGGGAUCUAUUAGAGCAGUUAUGGAGCAUGGUUCGACCACAAGAUGGUAACUGGUCUCCACAGAGAAUAUUGCUUUACUUGUUUAACCUAUGGAACAUGUUGGACUUGUUUUGCGUCAUUUUAUACAUUGCGGGCUUUGCUUUACACUACUUUGAUCCAGAGAUGCUUACUCAUACCAGACGAAUAUACAGUGUAGCCUUGUUCAUUAUGUUUCUGCGCCUAUUGAAUGUUUUACUGUUGAUAAAACGAAUUGGUAUCAUUAUCAUAAUGAUCAAAGAAAUGCUGGUGGAUCUGGUCGAAUAUUUGGUGAUUCUAAUACUAUUUAUGUUAGCUGCUGGUAUAGUUUACCAGGCGAAUAUCUACCCUAAUCAUACAGUUACGGCGUUUCCAAGCAAUAUCUGGAACUGGCAAAUUUGGUCAAUCCUGAAAAUACCUUACUGGCAGGUUUACGGAGAGUUGUAUCUGGAUGUUAUUGAAGGUUCAGAUGAUCCUGAAUGCACAGAUAAUGCUACAUUAUGGAAGAACGACCCUUCAUUUAAGAGAUGUCCUACGUCUGAUUUGAUACCUCCAGUAAUUGCUGCUACAUAUAUGAUGUUAACAAACUGGCUACUACUAAAUAUUGUUAUUGCAAUGUUCAGUGCACGGUUUGACUUAAUAAAAGAAAAGUCCAGUCAGAAAUGGCGUUACCAUCGGCAUGCAGUAGUGAUUGAAUACGAACAUAAGAUACCUUCACCACUGAAUAUUCCGUUUAGAGUUCUCACUAUCUUAUGCUUGGCUCCUUGUUUACUUUGUCCAAGUUGUAAAGACAACGAUAUUACAGGAACCACUCACCAAAUUAUGCUAAAUGCGCAACGGGAAUUUGCAAAAGAUAUAAUAGGAAGAGAAAGAGAUCGUGAUCAUAUGAAAUAACUAAUUAAAUAUUAAUAAACAUAAGUGAGAUGUAUGACUUUACAUUUUAAUUUCUUGUUUAUUGAAUGUACGAAUGCUGCAGCAAUAUUUCACUUUAGCUGUUGACCUGAGAAUGUUUGAUAUUAUCCAUGUUUUUUUCAAACCUUGCUUUAUUGUAUUUUAUACUGUGUGUUUCAUAUUGUUCCUUUUUAAAUUUGUGAAACUACAAAAAAUAAACUUUGUGUGUAUUUUUGUGCAAAUAAUAUAAUACAUGUCACGAUAAAAAAAUCUUAUUUACGCAAUACAAAAUGUUCAACCGAA